AUGGAAGUGAUGGUCUUGGGAUUUUUUGAUGUGGUCAAGGCCAUACUCUUCAUUACAGCUCUUCUAUUUAUUGCACUUAAUAUCAUCAGUUUCAUAUUCAGACUCUUCAGAGCUAAGGGAUACAAAAGGUUUGUUGAGCUGCGCUUGAAGAGUAUUCCAGCAGACCAAGUCUUCCCCAUAGUGAAGCCUGAAGAGAUCGCGACGAUCUGUAAGACUCUCAAAGAAAGUUACAACAGUUGUGCAACACGACCAUUUGAGACACGCAAACAGAUAUUAUACGCACUUUAUCGAAUGCUUUACGAUAACAAACAAGCUCUUGGUGACGCCAUUCGAAAGGAUUUGCAUCGAGACAGACACUUUUCUGUUCUCGAAACUGAAUCUGUCAUUGAAGAAGUGGAGUAUUUGAUUCAAAACAUGGACGCCGAAUUGUCGGACAAGAGAGUGAAGUCGACUGCAGUCCAGUUGUUGGCACAGUCGUUCAUCACACAUGAACCAUAUGGAGUGGUCUGUGUCAUUGCACCAUGGAACUUCCCAAUUAACCUGUCUUUAAUUCCUGUCGCUGGUGCGCUUGCGUGUGGGAAUACAGUCUUCUUAAAGCUUUCCAAGUACUCAUUUAACUCUUCAAAGUUGAUUGCCGAGUUGUGUGAUAGAUACAUCCCUUCAGAGUAUUUAAGAUGUGAAUACAUGUCUGGAAGAGAGAGCAUCCAAGCCUGUUGUGACGCGGACUUCGACUAUUAUUUCUUCACCGGCUCAACAACGGUGGGGAAAUUGGUCCACCAGGCCGCAGCGAAGAAAUUGGUUCCCGUCACUUUGGAACUUGGAGGAAAGAACCCCGUUAUAGUCGACAAAAAUGUCGACUUGAAAACUGCUGCUAAAAGGAUAGCUUGGGCGAAGUGUGUGAACGGAGGUCAAAUUUGUGUGUGUACGGACCAUGCGUAUGUCCACAAAGACAUCUACGACGCAUUCUGUGAAGAGGUCAAAAAGUGCUUUAUUCAGUUCUUUGGGGAAGACGCACAGAAGAGUGACGACUACCCAAGAAUGAUCACAAAAGACGCUGCAGCCAAAAUGAAAGAGAUCAUUGAACAGAGUGACGUGUUCUAUGGAGGUAAUGUAGAUAUCGAAGACAGAUAUGUUCAACCCACUUUAUUGAAAAACGUCAAAAUGACUGAUCUGUCUAUGGAAAAUGAAAUCUUUGGACCUAUCCUCCCUAUCAUUAAAUAUGAAAAUUUGGAAGAAGUCUUUGCUAUGAUAAAGGAACACCCAAAUCCAUUGGCCGCUUAUGUCUUCACAAGUGACGACGCGUUCUUUGAAAAGUUUAGACUGAAUGUUAACUCGGGUGCAUUAUAUAGAAAUGACGCUAUCAUCCAUUUAAUCAACGGAAAUUUACCAUUUGGAGGAAAUUGCCAGAGUGGUAUUGGAUACUACCACGGCAAAUUUACAUUUUCAACAUUCUCAAGACCACGAGCAGUGGUGCAAGCACAUACCUUUAUUGAUGUGCCAUUGAGGUAUUGGCCAUUUACCUAUAUAGCUGAAAUUGCGUUCAAGUAUUGUGCAUUCUGGGAAAUACCAAUUCUAUCGUAUUUAUAA